ACUAGACUAGCAACAAAAAAGAAAAAUCAAUCGGCCCAGUCAUCCCUGAAGGAACUUUUUUGCACUCCUGAAGACAAAAAAACAGGGAUCGAUUCUGCACUUGCCCUUGGGAACUUGACUCAUAAUAAUUCCUGCGUUGUGGCCGAAAAGUCGCGUAGAGAUUAUACGCACUCCACUUUCAAAAAAAUGAGUCGGCAUCCGGAGGUUCUUUGGGCACAGAGAUCGGACAAAGUGUAUUUGACGGUGGCACUUCCCGAUGCCAAAGACAUCAGCGUCAAGUGCGAGCCUCAUGGUUUCUUCACUUUCUCUGCUUUGGGACUCAAUGGCCAACGCUUUUACUUCUCUUUGCCUCUUUAUGCUCCCAUACUCCCUGAGGGUUGCAAGACUAAGGUUGGGUUAAGAAACAUACUGUGCUCAAUCCAGAAAGAGCAGAAAGGAUGGUGGAAACGAUUGCUAAAAUCAGAAGAAAAACCGGCACCUUAUAUUAAGGUCGAUUGGAACAAGUGGUGUGAUGAGGAUGAGGAAGAGUCCAACACUGACUUGGCCUUUGAUGAUGAUGAUGAAGCAUACGUCGGUGAAGAUGACGAAAGCGGCGACGAUGAGGGAAUGCUUUAUCUCCCUGACCUGGAAAAGGCACGAGGAAACUAGAAACAAUGAGCAGCAGCGAGCCACAGCGACAUCCAGACCGAGAUGAGAUGGAGGCAGUCUCUUCGAUAAAUUGAUUAAUACACUAGAGAAACAUUUGAGUUUGAUGGAAUAGAUGAGUACUAUCAAAACUGAGACUUGUAUAUAUCUAGAAUCGAACCUUUCAUCUUCAGAGUAAUGCGAUCGUUUAGGCUGUAAGUCUCGGCUGUUUUCCGCUGGUGUAUUUGACAUGGAAAACCUUUUUCGCUCCGCUUAGCCCUAUCCCUCUCUAGGGGUAUUUUAGCGAUAGGUUCUAUAGGAACUAGACAAUCCUAUUUGGUCAAAUACCUAGCGACAAACUCCUAUGUUCCUUUCAUUACAGUAUUUCUGAACAAGUUCCUAGGCUAAUUUCAUGGAUUGUUUUCUUACCGUUCCA